UUUUGCUAUUGUCGGUUCGAUUCCUCCGCACUGCCUCUCUCUCUCUCUCUCUCUAGUCUCUGCUCUGCUCCUUUCACUCUCUCUCUCUGUCUCUCUCUGAAUGUCGGUUUCGUUUUAGGUUUUCUUGUAGCGGUACGCCAUUGCCCACUUCCUUAAUUCAAACUCCCCCCCCCCCCCCCCCCCCCAAACAUAAAUCAGAGUCCGUUUCUCUCUCUACUCUCUCUCCUUUGGCGCUUCAAUUUUUGGUUUCCCGCUUCGCGAUCUGUUCUGUCCUCCCCCACCACCACCUGCUAUUUAGCAUAUCCGUCACUCACUCGCACCUCUGCUCUGUUCUUUCUUCGUCUACCGCCUCGCUUCCACCUUCCACUCCUUGAUCCCCCUCAGUUGCCCCUCUGUUCUCCUCCUCCUCCUCCUCCUCUUCCUCUGGUUUUGUUUCGAUUCAUUCCUGUGAUCGUGAUCUGGCGCUGCCCAUUUUUCCAUUUCUGGCCCGAGCGGAUCAACAACCCCCUUUCCCCCCACCUGGGUCACUCUCAGAUCUUCGAUGUCGACCGUAGAAAUGUAUGAUUCGAGCGACAAAGGGUCGGAGUCCUUAAGCGGGAUCUCGUCUGAGGAGAGCCAGGCUGCGGAGCCGAAGAAGACCUGCGCCGAUUGCGGGACCACCAAGACCCCUCUCUGGCGAGGCGGCCCCGCCGGCCCUAAGUCACUGUGCAAUGCGUGCGGGAUCAGGAGCCGGAAGAAGAGGCGGGCGAUACUCGGCGGCGGGGCAGCCGAAGAGAAGAAACCCAAGAAGAGCAACAACGGCAGCAGCCCGUCGAGCAAGCUGGGGGAUUCGCUGAAGCAGAGGCUGAUGGCUCUGGGGAGGGAAGUGAUGAUGCAGAGGUCGAGCGUGGAGAGGCAGAGGAAGCAGCAGCAGCUAGGGGAGGAAGAGCAGGCGGCUGUUCUAUUAAUGGCGCUCUCUUACGGCUCUGUCUACGCCUAAGCGAAAAGGGAAAACACAUUAAUUUCCCUUAAUUAGGGUUUUUUUAGGUUUAAUAAUAAUAUUAUUAAUUAAUUAAUUAUAUUAUGUCAGUGAUGAUGUGUUUUACAGUGACAGGGUUGACUGUCACCUGUUCCUCGUGAGAUCAGAUCAGAGUUUUGACUAACAUCGUUUUUUGUAUUUCUCUCUUUUUUUCUUUGGGGGUUCCGGAGAUGAUCAAAGUGUAAGAAGGUGGAGAGUGAUUAUUAUUUAUAAAUUAUUAUUAUUAUUAUCAGUAAUUAACGUAAUUAGUAUCGAAAA